UUGUCCACCAGGGGUCGUCAGGAAGCGCCAGACCUCAAGCUUAUUGGGACGCGCGUCGUCCUACUCAGCCCCACCCCCGAAGUCGAAAGUAGUGCGUACGCAGCUGCGCGAGGAGCUCUUAGGGACUUAGGCCGACUCGGAUGGCUAAAUACGGGGCGGAGGCGUUGGCGGUCAGCGUGCCCUGGGAGACCUUUGCCGCCCACCCGCCCACGAAGCGCGCGCACAGUGAACUGGGGGCGAGGGACCCGCCAUACGGGGAAAACCCCUGGAGUGGAGGAGGUUGCAAGAAACGGAAACGGACAGAAGAGGAAACUUCUGGAGACCAGCCCGUCGCCUCGAAGCAGGAGGGGCUCCAGGAAGGGCGGGGGCUGCCAGCAGGGACCAGCGUCUUGGAAGGAACGGGGACGCAGCGGCAGGAGCAGCCUGAGAGCGACGAGGAGGAUGGCUUGGGAGAAGCGUGUCCUUGGAGCCCCAAAUCAUCCAUGGCUCAGGAGCAUGAAGAUGAUGCUUGGCGCUACAACUCCUUCCAGUAUUGGAGGCCUCCAUUACCUGCCAUUGAUUUGAAUGAUAUUCUCAAUUUAGAAAACGAGAACAUGGUAAAAACAAGACACUCUAGCCAUGCUGGCCUUUCAGAAAUGGAAACUUGAAAAAUGACUCGUUGGCAAAUGUGUUUUCCAGAAGCUGGUUUCUUCUUAGGUUCUGUAAUUACUUGAGAAAGCAAGUAGAUGUGAUAAUUCUGCUUAAGAAAGCUAUGCUUUGAAGAUGAAACAUCAGAAUUUAUCAGUAAGCCAAAGGCAUGCAGAAAAAAAAGAAAGGACAGCGCUUAGAGGACUGUGGAAAUGUUUGAAAACAGAUGCAUAGUGAGAAGACUUGUCUAUGUAGCACAGGUGCACAAGGGUGUGAUAUGAAUCAAGUUUUGAAUCUGUGUUCUUUUUGUUGCUAAGUCAGCUUAACCAAAAAUAAACAUCAACACUUGUAUGCAAACUAAAACUAGACUGGCAAUUAUUUGCCUAAAAGUAUUGCCACUGUAUAGUUUUGUCUUAAUUAUUGUUUGAGGAACCAUCAGUUGUGCCUCUUUUUAUUUUCUUUUUUAAAUAGAAUUGAUCAGUAACUGCUUAUGUUUUGUCCAUUGGACUAUGAUGGAUAAAGAAAGUGAAUCAUCCAGUGUAAUGUGAUAUAAUGGGCGCUUUUCUUAGAAACCAGUCCAGAAUGUGUUCUAGUCCUUCAUAGUUUAAAACUUUGAUUGUUAUUUAGGGUAAUGAUUCUAUAACAUUUGAUUUACCAUGCUGGCAGUGAUCAUCAGCAGGGCUUCUGUAAGCCAGCAUGGGCCUUCAAAGAUUUCCUCUAUUCUCCUCCCACUGUCCAGGCCAUCCCAGACAUUUUUAAAAAGUUGUUCUCUAGUUUCUUGGACCCCAGGAUGUUUGUUAAUCUAGUUCCCCUUUCUUAUUUGCCCUGAUUGUCUGAAACAUUAGAAUGUAUGGGUGGGUUAAGGAUUUCAAAUGCCAGUCUUCAUUCAAGUUGGAACAUUUACUUGUUAAUAUACUGUAACUUUGUUAGUAUAUCUGAUAACAUUGAAUUGAUACCUGAAAUCUUUGUUAGAUCUUUAUGAAUGAAGCUGUGAGUUUGUACUGAUAAUUUUAUUUUCUGUAUGUUAUCUAGAUAAUGUGCUAGUAAACAGUUGUUUAAAAAAAACAAAUCCUUUAUAAUGUUUGUGUGCUCAGUUUUAAUGAUGCAUGAAAAUAGUUUCAGGUUGGUAGCCAUGUUGGUCUCCAGUAGAAAAGCUAAGAUUCAACACCACUUGGUCUUAAGGUAGCACAAACUGUCUUACUUGAUAAUUUAAGGUAGCACAAACUGCCUUAUUUAAUUGUUAAGGAGCAACUAUUAGAUUCUGGAAGGCAAUACAGACAUACACAACAUUUGAAACUUUGAGACUAUUUUCCCUGGAAAUCAUUUAUCCUGAACUAAACUACUAUUGAAACUUCAAGCAAGAGACAUUGUGAAUGUUAAUCAUUUCCCUAAUGUGCUAGAUAAACUUGAAAUAAGAUCCAGUCACAUGUUCCUGAUUACAAGGUGAUAGUGUCUUCAGUUUAAUUACAGAACAAAUAUUUCAGUAGAGUUUUCAGAGUCGUCUUUCCCCCUCCCUUUCAAGCUCAUAAAUGUAAGCCCAUGGAAAUUUGUAAUCAUUGCUUUUCAGCAUUGUUUCCAUUACUUGCUAGUGCUAAGCAAACAUUAUCUGAUUGGGAGGUGGAUGGAAACUCCAGUCUGAAAUCCAGUAGCUGAAAGCUACAAAAUGUUAUAUUUUAGCCAUGGGGAUGAAGAAGGUAAGUGGAUGGACUUUCCUACUAGUUACAAUGUUUAUAUUUUUGUUACUGAUAUUUGAAAUAUAUAAAGCUAUAUAAGAUUGGUUGCAGUUCAGAAUGUGUAUUUCAUGUUUCUUACAAAUGUGCAUUUCAGAAAAUAUUUUGCUGAUGUUCUAUUUACAGAGCACUGAGAAACAAAGAAGGAAAGAUUGAGGAAAACCUUUGUAUUAACACCCCUAGUUGGAAUUUUGUGUUCAGUUUGACAAGUCAUUCUGCAAAAUAUUGCCAAAAUACAUUUUGACAAAACAGCACCAUUUUGACAAAUGAAGGAAAUGUCUCUGGUCCGAAACAUACUCCAUUAACAAAAAUCAAUUAUUGCAAGGUUUAAUUAUGGUUAUGGAUGCUUCACAGAGUAUAAAUUCUCCAGAACUGGGAUUAUAUAUUUGAUACAUGCUAAGACUUGCAUUGUAAUUGUAAAAACUUAGGCAAAUAAAUUAUGAAAUCACUCUUA